GUAGUUGAUCAGAUCGCCAGAGAGGAGCCAGUCGACGAGGAAGUGAGGAGGAGGGACCAGUUUGGUGGCGUUGUGUGUGCAGAGAAAAUACUUUAAACUGGAUUCUCCUGACGCCUCCAGCGCUGUGAAACCGGAGGAUCCCUCCACUUCUCCUUUUCUAUCCAAAGCAGUAAUGCGCGCAACAGCACGCGAGACUCCAGAGCUGCCGCUUCUCUGCGCAGAAACAACUUUGUAACCCGCAGUCGUUGUAAGAAAUCUACACACCUUUGCUGUCAAUGUCAGCGCCGGUAAGGAAGAGGAUCCCGGAAGAACUCGUAGUGCAGGUUACCAGUUUGUUUGCAUAGCCUGCGCUUUUUAUCCAAAGUGAGCAAACGCAGAUGGACUUUUUUGCCUCCUUUGAAAAGUAGUUUUUUAUUUCGAAAAGUAAUUUUGAAGUGUAUGAACGGAGAGAAGAUGAAGGAGCUGAAGAAGAAGAAGCUGUACGUGUUGAUGGACGUGCUGUGCGUUGUAGUUGCGUACAUCCAUAGGUGUAGUACUGCAGGUGCAGGUUGUUCAGGGGGAGGAGCCUGCUGUAUUUCAAGAUGGCCCAGAGGCAAGGCAUGCACACAUAAUAUUGUUUUUCCCUGUGUGCUUUAAUGUAGGUUAUGAAAACAAGUAUUUUCAAAUGUCUAUCAAGCCUUCUUUAAUCACUCAAGACGACAAAAACACAUUUUUCCUGUCAUGUGAUUCUUUUGUUGUUUGAAAAGUCACCGUGCCAGAAAUAUGACUCUCGGUUUUAGUAUGUCAUGCAUUAGUUUUGUGUACACUACUGGAUUUGAGCUCGAAGCCAAUGCAAAGUAUAAACAAUAGACAUUUAUAUAUAUAUUUAUUAUAGAGGUGGACACUGUGAAGUCACCCAUGGGUUUAUAAACUACGAUUAUGAAGCCUUGGGUUAGGCGUUUCGGCUGUCGUGGUUUUUUGCAAUUGGAAGCAAUACAAGAGGGCAAAGUACAAACUAAUGACUAAAAAAGUUUAAAAUGUUACAAUUAACUUUCAAGAACAGAAAACAAACUGUUAGACUUGUAAAAUAAAAACACAAAAAGCACGUGGUAUGCACCUGUCGAUCACAAUGUAGCCCCGCCCUAAAGCAUGCACUGCUUUAUCAUCUGUUUUACUCUAAAUCUGACCUUAAUUUACAUAGUUAACAUCAUAAGGUAGUAAAAAAAGACCUGAAACAAGUCAUUCAGACCAAAGAACCCAUUGGUAAAAUGUAUAUUGAGGCACAAAUGAAGUAAGAAGUAGAGUCAUUUUCUCUUAGAAUUCUAUACAGUUUGAUUAUCCAAUGCUCAUCCCAAAACCCCACAUCUGUAAAACUAUCAUAAAGUUGCUACGUGUUUCUUUGCAUUAUUUUCCUCUUAUUAGAUUUUGCAUGUAAACAUCCCCAUGCUCUGUUCUCUGACCUCGCUGGAUGUCUGUGAGAGUUUUUCAGCGCUGUCUCCGGGGAGCCGGGCAUCUCAUGCGGUUGUGUUGGGAAUACGGAUCGUCCCGAGUUCUCAGUGAAAGGCCAGCGAAGACGCUUGAUGGGAAUUGUUUUCCUCAGGAGAGCUCUGUCAUGGAAACUGAAGCCCUUUUAACAAACAGACGCGUCCCAGAGAAAUCGGCACUGCCCUUCAUCAUCAUGACCAUCGUUUUCAAGCCCUACCAAAGAGGGAUUUACUGCGAUGACGAGAGCAUCAUGUACCCCCUGAAACCUGACACCAUCACACAUGGCAUGCUGGCGGCCGUCACCAUCUCCUGCACUGUCAUCAUCAUUUCGUCCGGAGAAGCCUAUCUGGUUUACAGCAAGAGGAUUUACUCCAAUUCUGACUUCAACCAGUACGUAGCUGCGCUCUACAAAGUGGUGGGCACCUUCCUGUUCGGAGCGUCGGUCAGCCAGUCGCUCACCGACCUCGCCAAGUUCACCAUCGGCCGCCCGAGACCGAACUUCCUGUCCGUUUGUAGUCCUAAAGUCUGCACUGGGUACAUGCAGGUGAUCAACUGCACCGGCCUGGCUCAGGAGGUCACAGAGUCCAGAUUGUCCUUCUACUCCGGUCACUCCUCUUUCGGGAUGUACUGCAUGUUGUUCUUAGCGCUCUACGUGCAGGCGAGACUCGUGGCUAAGUGGGCCAGACUCCUCCGGCCCACCAUCCAGUUCUUCCUGGUGGCCUUUGCGGUGUACGUGGGCUACACCCGAGUCUCUGAUUACAAGCACCACUGGAGUGACGUGCUGACGGGGCUGCUGCAGGGAGCGCUUGUUGCUGUGCUCAAUGUGCGCUACGUAUCGGACUUCUUUAAGAAGCGUCCGCCGCGUUGCACGAGGCAAGACACGGCCGAGAGCGAAGAGCCGGAGAGGAAACCCAGCCUGCAGAUCGUAGACUCGGAGAACAGCAACCAUUACAAUCACCGACACACUCCUGGUCCUGUGUGACUGGGCGGACGAUAAGGAGCGGGGGCUGCAGCCUGCAGACUCAAACCUGUGAGAUAGUGUCCAAAACUUGGGCUUCUACUUUAAAUGUGCAGCCUGCAGUGUUUAGGUUCAGUCCUGACUCUGUAGGCCGCCUGCUGCUGAUGCUCUGAGAGAAACCCUUUGCAUGCCUGUUUGAAGGAGAAAGCUAAGGUGCAGGUCUGUAGCGUGCAGCCUCCAAGCCCCCCUCCUCAAUCCCCCUGUGUCAACCACUCACACCCCACCCACCCCUUCCAACCACUGGACUGACUGAGGGGGCUGCAUCACAUCUGCAGGUGCCCAAGCGCCCUCUAAAAGACUCCAUGAUGACCUCCUUCUCUCUUUUUAGAGGAAAAGGAGCAUAUUGUUGUUGUUUUUUUACAUUUUUGUUGAUGUUGUUUGUGCUUAAAGCUGCAUUAAGUGAAAGACUCCACACCCACAACGAAGCUAUGAUACACGAACACCUUAAAGAGUGCUUUUGGCCACGAUUUUAGCAAGUUAUACACAGAGCAUUCUAACAGAGAGAGUUAGUUUGUGCCAACUGACAAAUGUAAGUCUGAUGUUAUUCACCUUUGUGCCACCAUAUUCUAAUAUGCUCCACUUUCUGCAGUUCUGUCACUUGUCUUUUGGGGGUCAUUGUGUCCUAAUGAAUCUGUUUUUCGGGCCAUGUUUGGAGGAAACAGCUGCACAAAGUUUUGUGUAAUGGGUCAGUGAGAGUUGGGUUUCCCCCUAAUGGAUAAAUGAAUGAAAACUGCAGGAAUUGGAAUAUCUGGGUGUUGAUUUUUUGUUGUAUUUCACUAAUGUUACUUACUAAGAGUUCUUGGUUUUAUGCUGAUAUCAAAUACAUCGCUUCAUGUAUUUUUAUCCAUUUUUCUAUGUUUUUAACUUCUAUUUGUAGAGACCCAAAUGAGUUAGCAGUGAUGAAAAGCAAAGUAAGAAAGACAGGAAGAAAGUGAAGACUGUUUACAGAUGUUUUUAAAGGCACAAUUUGUUGAAUCGCUUCAUUUCAGUGCACCUUAAACUGUCUAUGUUGCAAAUUAUAACUAAAAACUUAAGAUCGGCUGCCAGUUCACAGUAGAUGAGCUCAUUUUCUCCAGAUAUCAUGUCACCCUGUUGGCAAAAAAAAUGCUCACAAACAGUCAGUGGUGUCAGCUGCCAAACCACCCAGAAGCUGCUCUGAUAGAGGAUGUAUAUCAAACACCGUGGUGCAGAGGGAAUCCGAUGAUCUUAAAUAUGCUGAUGAUACAUUUCUGCCACCUUUCUAACUGCCGCACAAACAGGUCUGGGUAACUAUGAGAAACAACAUAGUGUGUUAGAAGUGGCUAUACAGGCUGUUCGUGCCUGAUGACUCACAGCACGUUGAUAAAGUCUGUUUCAUGUUGGAUCAGUGCCCAAGUGUGCACGGAUGAAAGUCUGAAUCUGAAUGGAGGGAAGGACGUUUACUAAGGGCAGAUUUUAAGUUAGAAAUGGGUCAGAUUUACCCUCAAUAAUGACGUAUGGAAGCCCUGAGAGGCAAAUGAGAAAAGACGUCUACAUCUGAUCUAAAUUUGUUCCUCUCCUGUGGUAACUACUUAAGAAAAGGUGAGAAAAUAAGGUUUUUAUAAUAUAGAAAUGUUGUUUUUACUAUCAACACAAAACCAUUUUCCCACCUGUUACACAGAAACACAUUUUUCGGGUGUGAUUAAGGAAAGAUAAUCUGGGUAAAUCCUUUAUUUGAACACUUUUAGGUCAUAAACACAAGAGAGAAAACAAAUUAAAGCACACUUGGAGAACGGAUUUGACCUUCAGGGCUUCCGUAUUGAGGCUUUUCUUAAAAAUGCGUAGAUUUAUUUGUGGAGUUUAUGGCUGAUUUAUGUGUGAGAUGGACUGCAGAACCAUUGAUGCAGAUAGCUUUCAUUUCUGAUACCACUACUAUAUUGCCAAUGAAGUAAUUUCGCAAUUUGGCCUUUCGUCUUAUUGUGUUUUUUUACUUCUCAAAUACGUGUAAUCAAAGAAGGAUGAGAGAACCAUAAUGACAAUGGUGUUUAAUUUAUUUUAAAGCUUUAUUUACUCUUACAAGGUUGGAAAUGCCAGCGCUGUUAAAGUUAUUGUGCAAUCACCCCUCCUGCUUGCCACUAUGAGCCACAAAUACUGUACUAAUGCUAUGAGACAUGUUUCAUGUUGUGUGAAGGAUGUAUAUAUAUGUGCUUGUAUGUUUUUAUUUAGCAUGUAGGUGCGUUUUUAAUUCCCCCUGUACAGUGUGCCUUGGCCGGUGCGUUUUUUUUUUUUUUGUAGAAGUUGCCACACGAAUGGAUCCAAUUCCAGGUCCAAACAUAAGCCAGAUGCCUUGGCGGGGCUGCUGUAAUGAUAAAGGGCUUACAUAUCCAACUGUGUUUUUGAAGCUGCUCCAUUCCCACUUCAAAGAUCCGUCUGUGCUCCUUUUCCCCCCCUUCCUGUGUUGAUGGAUGAGGUUAAUUUGGGAGCGAGGUACAGUUGUUGUACGCCAUGCAGAGCCCUGAAGGACUGACAACAGAUCAGACAGACCACAGACCUGAUCGGGGGGCAGAAAGACGGGGGGAGAAUCUCACCUGGUAGUGAUUGUGAGGCCCUGACUCUGAGCUGGGAUUGGAGAGGUUGGGGUACUUUAAAUAAGGGUGGAGGGUAUCCCAUGGUGAACUUCAGUCCCUGGGGUCUUCUACGCAUUAAAGACACAGAUUUACAACUAGAAACAGCUGGAUCUGGUUGCUGUUCGAGCCCCCUCCCCUACAUCUAAAUCAUCUGUAUAUUACUGCAGCCAGACUAAUAACACAAAUAAGGCAGAGAAUUCAGAGACUUGAUGCACCUCCUCCAUUUGCUUCUAGCUCUCAUGUGGCUCUGUGUGUUAUUACGCGUUAUUGAAUUAAUGCCUUCAAGUCGGCACUGGUUCGACCUCCUGUUUAUAUGUCCACUUGUAGGUAUGAUUCACAUCGUUUGCUUUUUUCGUAUAAAGGUUGUACCUAUAGGCUCUAAAGCAGAGAAUUUUAAAUAAAGAUAUAAUCCACUUUCAGUCAUUUUGUUUAAAUGUAUACUUCUCACUCUCUAAAUUGUUGAUACAAAGAUUUCCUUUCGUCACGCAUCUACAGUCCUCAGAUGGAGAUGAUAAACACAUGUCCUGCAGAAACCUAAUUUCCCCCUUUUUAAGAAAUGAAAAGUCAUAAACAACGUGGUUGCAUCAUUGACAUUUCAAAAUGUUCUUUGGGAGUUCACUGUAAUCACUGUAAUUUCAUUUCUAAUGGUGUUAAAUUAAGAUAAUUGAAUCCACAAGCCAGAAAUUCUUGGAAUCAGUGUUGCAACAAGGUGUGGAUGACACUAUCAGUUUGAUUUAGUGGUUGUUAUCUGAAGGUGAUUUAUUACACAGUGAAUCCAGCAAAAUGACAUCUUGAAAUGUGUUCUCGAAACCAGUUUGUCAAAACAUAAAAAUAAAAAGUGUUAUUCCUCCCAG